CAAGGAAACAAAGCGUAUAAAGGCUCGCACCUCCUACCCCGUGCCGGAGUUACCGGUGUCCCCCCCCCUCGCCGCCGACCAAACUCACCCACGAGCUCCCGCGCGGGUACAUGUCCAUCUCCCCUACAGAAUCCACCAGAGGAUCCCACCCGCCCGCUCCGCGCGCCUCGAACCCUAGCCCCAGCCCUCGCCAUGGCACCGCCUCUCGCCGCGGCAGUCGCUCUUCCCCUCGGGCCUCUGCCGCCGCGCCUGGCGUCGGCAGGGACGGCGCAAGCAACGACUCAGUGGGUUUUAUCGGACAAUCUGUUGAUACAUCCCAAGCGGUAGUUGGAUUUAGAAUAUCUGGUCAAGAGGAUGAUCCGUACGCCCAAGAGGUUAGUGAUGUUUCUGAAUGCCAGUCUUCUGGACAGGGGAGUUUGGGUCUCACAGUGCACAGUGGCGGCUCAGUUCAGGCAGAUGUUCAGAGACUUGAGUUGGUGGGGUCCCUAGAGAUUGACCAUAGUUCUGAUGGACUUCAGGGUAAUGGAGCUCUGAUGGCUUCUAGAAAGAAUCAGGCUGUGAAUGCAAAUUAUCUUCUGAAUUUCCAGUAUGAUCCUAUUUCUCGACCGCAGCCUCAUGGCCCUAGAACAUAUCCACCGAGAAGGCAAAGGAAGAUUAAGCCUUACAACAAGGACUUGUUCCUCCAAGCAAAUUUUAAGUUCGUUGUGUUGGAUACUGGAAAUUAUCAGAUUGAUUCAAUGGAUCCUGAUAAGAUGCUCCAGUGGGAAGAUAUCAUCUGUGUAAGAUAUUGUAGCCCUUCUGAGGUGCGAUGUCCAAUUUGUUUGGAAAGCCCGCUGUGCCCGCAGAUUACAUCAUGCGGUCAUAUCUAUUGCUUUCCAUGCAUUUUGCAUUAUUUACUAAUGGGUAAAGAGGAUUACAGAGGUGAGUGCUGGAAGAAGUGCCCACUGUGUUUCAUGAUGAUAUCUGCAAAAGAGUUGACCACCAUCUUUGUCACUCAACUUCAGCAUUUCCAUAUUGCUGCAAAAGGAGUACAGGCUCCUCCCGAGUGCAGCCUCCCGAGCUGGUCUGGCAAUGGUCCGCCGGGCGCCUGA